GCUUAAAUAAGGCCCAUGGAUUUGGACAAAAAGCCCAAUUUGACAAUGACCAACAAAAAAGGGUCAAAAGCCCUACGCCCAAACUCAUCGCUCCUCGCCAUUGAAGCUGAGCUGUGCGGAGCUUUUAACAUGGCGUGCAAUGGUUCUGAUUCUGGCUGCCGAUCCAAUUGCUAUCGAAACAGAGAUGAAGAAGAUGAAGAAGUGGCGGCCGUUCCCUCACCAGAGACUAAACCAGUUGCUAAUGGUAAUAACCAAGGUCUAUGCAUUAAGUGCAAGGCCAACCAGCCUAUGUCUUUCGCAGGCCGUCGCACCGAUGAUGACGCACGCUUCUGCGGUGACUGCUUUCGAAGCAAUCUUUUCGGCAAGUUUAGGCUGGCCGUUACCUCCAACGCCAUGAUUUGUCCCACUGAUAACGUCCUCGUUGCCUUUUCUGGAGGCGCUUCUUCCAGAGUUGCUUUGCAGUUCGUACAUGAGAUGCAACAUAAAGCACAGAAGAAUUUCGAUGCGAGUAGGGAUAGAUCAUUACCAGUUUUUGGUGUUGGAGUUGCUUUUAUUGAUGAAAGUUCCAUUUUUACUGUUCCUGAAGAUGAAGUAACUAAAGGAAUUGAAGAUAUCAGGUUGAUUGUUUCAAGUCUAACGCCCCCAACCAAAGAAUUGCAUGUUGUUCCUAUUGAAAGUCUCUAUUCUUCAGAUUCCAAUGAUGGAAGUGACAGAUUAAAAAAAUUACUAGAUGCUGUUUGUGAUGCCACUGGUAAAGAAGAUCUUCUGGUAUAUCUACGAAUGCUAUCCUUACAAAAGAUUGCCUCUGAAAAUGGAUACAACAGACUUGUAUUAGGAUCAUGUACAUCGAGGAUUGCCUGCCAUGUUCUUACAGCUACGGUCAAGGUACGUACUUUCUUUCAACAGGGCCAUGGAUACUCUUUACCCGCAGAUAUACAGUAUGUUGAUUCAAGAUGGGGGGUCCCAGUAGUGCUUCCACUUCGUGACUGUCUUAUACAGGAGCUCAACAUGCUUUGCCACCUUGAUGGCCUAAAGACGGUGGAGUUGAAUAAAAAUCCUUCCUCUAGCAUCAAUGGUUUGGUAUCGUCAUUUGUCACGUUAUUGCAGGAAGAAAAUCCUUCUCGAGAAUGCACAAUUGUGAGAACAGCUGGAAAGCUUACUCCAUUUCAUUUCAACAGAAUUCCCGAGAUCAACGACAGUAAUGUUCCUUUGGCAACCCAAAGGCGUCAAAAGAGAUAUAAUCUUAAGCCUACUGAAUCUAUUUCCUCGGAAUCAUUUUGUCCAAUCUGCAAUAGCCCACUUAGCAAAUCUGAUUUGCUAAGUUUUAAAAAUGUCGAGAGCUGCGACACAAAUUCUGUUCUUUUUAGUGCUGCAUGCUGUUCGAGUUGUCGCUUUCAGAUACUUCCCAAGGAUCCGUCAUCAGUUGGGGAUUUUUAUUCGCUUUUACCUCAGCCAGUAGUUGCCCGAGCAAAGUGUGGCAGCGCUGACAAUUAUAGUCUGCUAAGGGAGCAAAUUAAAGAUUGCAUACUUUCAGACAGCGAAGACGAAACAUAGAAUCAACUUGCUCACAUUUUUGGGUUUUUCCAUGUUUUCUGGGGGUCCCUGUUAUUAUUACAGGCAUAUGCAGUUUCUUAGAGAUAUCUGAUGUGGUGGCGAGCCAACCAUGAAGAUCAGAAAUUAUUUAGCACCGCUUGCUUUAAGUUUUUAUAAAAUUGUAUCAACAAUGUGAAUUUAUUUUUAGUGUAAUUUUUGGUACCUAAUUUCCAAUUAGGUGGUCAGUGUUCGGAUAAAUUGAAUGGAUGAACGAUUUAUUAAGUACAA